UACACAGAGGGCUAUCAGCUUCGUCAGGUGUUAUCUGAACUGUGGCAAGGGGCUACUGAGAGACAGUUUACCUGCGUCUGUGUUCAAGUUAGAUCCUCGCCAUCAUGAAGUUCCUGGUUGCAGCAGUGGCGUCGGUCCUCCUCCUCGGUUUGGUGUCCUGCAACUCUGAGCCGCAGAAGGAGGUGAUGUUGUUCAACAACGUCGACAAGGACAAGAACGGCAAACUUUCCAACGCUGAAUUGGAAUCCAUCUUCCUCUUCUUUGACACCAACAGCGACAAAGAGAUCACACAAAAGGAGUUCGAGGACGAGUGGGUCGUCAAGUACACCCUAGGACCAAUGGCGGAGGCUGACGCGCUGUUCAAGGCUGCUGACGCAACUGAUGAUGGAAAAAUCACCAAGGCCGAUCUACCUUUCAUCUUCCAGUAUUUCGACAUGGACAGUGACGGCACCGUUGACAUGAAUGAAUUCCUGACACAGUGGGGAAGCCUCACGCUGCUUCCGGUGGGCAAGUAGACGAUAGAGUUGUCUCCCUUCUGAAGGCUUCCUUUUGUGUUGUCAUGUUGAAAACGGAAAUGGUUACGAAAUAAAAUAAAUACCUUAA